AUGAAUACAGAAAAAGCUGAAAAUGCUGUUAAUGGAUUGAAAUCGGACCUUACACGAUGGAGUGGACAUUGUGCUAUAUCAGAUGAUAAUAUACGGGCUGCCACAUUAGGUGUGAACUUGAAAUCUAUUCUUAGUAUACAUCACAUAAAAGUUUAUUACAGAACGGAUAACGUAAAGUGGGGUCCAAGCAAUGGAUACACUGCACGGUUUCUUGGAUUUUAUUUAUAUGUAUCCAACACAACCAAUAGAAACGACGGUUACUUAUGUUACCAUGACACCACCUACACAAGAGCCACCAUACCACCUGUUGUCAACAUAGCGUGCCCAGUGUAUGGACAAUACGUCAUCUAUUAUAAUGAAAGAUUAGCUGGAGUAAGGUAUCCAAGCGAUUACUCGACUUUUGCGUUCACGGAAGUUUGCGAAAUAGAGGUUUACGGAUGCCGUGAAGGAAUAUGUCCGUAUGAGUAUUGUAAAGAUUGUCUAUAUAAACAAUGUCUAGAAGGGGACAAUACAUGCAAGAAAGUAUGCCCCGUUGCAUUCAAUGGUAAAAAGUGUGAGAAGAGUUGCAGUUCACAUUGCCUCAAUUCCAGUGGAUGUGAUUCAAAAUCUGGAGCAUGUCAGGGUGGUUGUGAAGCCGGUUGGAAAGGUCUCCUUUGUAUCAAUGAAUGUGGCUCUAGUGAGUACGGUAGAAACUGCAGGAGACAUUGCGGACCUUGCCGAUAUAAAAACAAGUGUAAUCCAAUAGAUGGAUCCUGUCCCGCUGGAUGUGCGGAGGGAUACGCGGGGAAAACAUGUUCAAUGAGUAAUUGA